AUGAGUGAUUUAGUUUCGUUGAAGAUAACCAUCGAGAACGAUGCCAACUAUCUGUUGUUUGGCAGCCGGAUUUGUCGCGAUAUAAAAGAAUUGGCAGCAUUUUGCCGAAACCGUUACCAAGAUUUGCAAAAAAAUGUAGACGACUUCUUGUACUACUGGAUUGAUGACGAUGGAGAUGCAAUUCGCAUUACUACGGACGAGGACUAUCAAAGUUUUUUGCUAGCGAUGGCCAAUGUCAAGGCACGGCUUUACGUCGCCGCCAAGAACGCGGCGGUGGCAGAGACGAGCCUUAUUAAGGAAGAAUUCACCGUGCAGGCUGAGCUCGACGAUGCGCCGAUGCUAAACGAUGCAACUGGUGAUGCUGUUUCAUCUCGUCCGGUGCAUCAGCACGCGAUAUGCGAUGUAUGUGAUGGACAAAUCGUGGGCCACCGCUAUAAGUGCCUAACAUGCCAUGACUAUGACCUAUGCAUGGGCUGUGAGGCUAAGUUCCGUCACAAGGACCACCUAAUGUUGCGUAUCCCGAAGCCCGUUAUGGUAAAUCGGUCGCAGUCCACGGUAUCCCGGAUGCUGGACAAAUUGCGUGUAUAUUCCGCUCGUAUCGCUAGCAGCGUGGAACGGGAUCUAGGCCCGGAGGGAGAGGCGAAUGCCGCGACUGGCAAUGAGUCCGCGGAAAUCAAUGGGACGAAACGCGCAAAUGCACGCAGUGUACAUCGUAGCAAGCACAGCGACGAACGCCGUACAACCGAGACGUCGAAGUCUUCCCGUGGUGGUAAAUUGUGCGGCAAUGAUCGUAAGCAUAAUUCUGCAGCCGAGACAUCCGGCGAGCGUUGUUCGCAAGACACCAAGGAGAAACCCUCGGUUCCCACGGCAUCGGACUACAUGCAAAAUUGCCGCGACAUGAUGUACAUGUAUCUGAAUUCGGUCGAAGCGUUGGAUACUGCAGGGAAGUCCGCUCCUUGGACAACCAGCGAUCAUGUAGCUGUAGCAAAUGUUGCCGCUGCAACGGCUGCAGCUGCCGCAGCCAGAGCUACUGCGCUAGCUAACAAGGUUAUGAAAGUGAAUGUAGCCAAUAAAAAUGGCAAAUCUAUCCCAUCGCAGGAAAAGAUCCAGCCGUCUCAGAGAGUGGGUCAAAUGACAGCACCAACACAACAGAAACCCGCAACGAAUACUGAGGAGCAACCGUCUGGUGGGCCACCAGCUCCGUCAGUAAUACCGCUACCAUUUUUGCCGUUCGUCAAUCUGACCUGGCCAACACAAGAGAAGUUGCUUGUUGCUAGCGAGAACGUAUCAAAGCUGUUGGAUCCGCUUGGUUUAAGCUUUGAGAUACGUCACAAGUCUUCGGGAUCUCCGUCAACAUCUCCCGGAUGCGCUAAAGCUCGUGGUAGUGAAGACGGUGGUGCUGUUCCGUCAACUUCAGCAUUCGUUGCGGACACAACUUCGCCUAUACCGACAACGUCGACGAUGGAACCUAAUGUGCAGCAGGAACGGAAUAAACCUACUGAAACCCAAGUAUCACCAGAGGUUGUUGAAUCAACCUCAAAUGCAAUCACUCAAAUGCAAUCCACAAGUCCGGAAGCUCCCGUUUGUGAAGUGGCGAAGGAAAACUUGGCAGAAACUGAAAUGGUAAGCUCGGGUGCAAAGGAACAGAUAACGAAAGCAGAAAAGACCAUCUCUACGACGCUCGAAACGGACUCUGCUUUUGAGAAAAAAUCGGAAACAGGCGACAGAAAUGAAGUGGAUGAUGAAGACGAUUCGCAAAACACUUCAUCCGCAUCGUUGCUGACUGACGACGAUCAGGAUUUGCUGGAGGUAGCAGUGGAUGAACAAAAAACUUCUGAGCCGCCAGUAACGAAGGAGAAGAGCUGGACAUUGAUCGAUCUACCCCAGGAACACGACGACGAAGACAAAGUAGCUAAUGCACCUCUGGAUGCAAUUGCGAAGCUGAUCGGACGCGAUUUGUCCUCCCAUGACAAAGAGCUAUCCCAACCGCUGGUAGCUUCCAAGGAGAAGAAAAAGGAUAAGACAGGAGAUCAGCCAAAAAAAAGAGCAACCUUUAUCAGCCCAGUUGUUGAACGUCAUUCUAGUAAUGAAAUGCUUCGUAAAUUGAAAAGCGGAGAAUUCUGUGACAUACCACAGCCGGAGCCAUUAUUCGCGAGCGAGGAAAUGAAAUAUGUGUCCUCAUCUUCUCCAAAUUCCGGACCUUCUUCUUCAUCUUCGUCUGGCAGUGCUUCCGGCAGUCGGUCGGGCAAGAGCUCUCGCAAAUCGAAUUCGGCUCAGCAGAAGGAUACCACUAUCUACAGUCAUCGUCCGCACGUCAACCAUGCCAUUCACACGAUGAUGACAAUGGGUUUUAGCAACCACAACGGUUGGCUGACUCAGCUGCUUGAAUCGCUCAAUGGAGACAUCCCAAAGGCACUCGAUCUGCUGCUGCAGCAUCGCCAUUAA